UCCUCGAAGCGCUACCUUCGUCGAACCUCUGCCGGACGCCUAGCACAAGAGUUCCCCCUUGUUCGGCAGGCUCUCCCACCAGAAUACCAUGGCUGGCCUUGUCCCCGUUGCAAAGUCCUUGGAGGAUAUAUACACAGAAGAUGCGUUGCCUGUCCAGACCUCCCGAUGGGACAAUCUGCUGUCCCAGUUUCAAACCACCUACAGCCACCCCGCCCAAUUCGUCUCGCGCUCUCCGGGACGAGUCAACAUAAUUGGCGAACACAUUGACUACUCCCUCUACUCCGUGUUGCCCAUGGCCAUAACUGCGGACGUCCUGUUAGCUGUCUCGACCUUUGAAGAUACGUCCUCCACCUCCUACACGUUGAAGGUCGCCAACGUCCAAUCCUCGCGGUUCCCCUCCCACGAGUUCUCCCUCCCCUACGACACUGUGGACAUCGACGCCAGCGUGCACGAGUGGACAAACUACUUCAAGUCAGGGCUCCGCGGGGCUCUCGAGCUCCUACGGAAGAAAUAUGGCCCCGAGUUCAAGCCCAAGAGCCUGGAAGUCCUGAUGGACGGCACCGUGCCCGCAGGCGGCGGCCUCUCCAGCUCGGCGGCGUUCGUGAGCGCUUCUGCGCUCGCCGUCCUCUACGCCAAUGGCUAUACAUCAGUCGAUAAGACCGAACUUACUGAACUCGCCAUUGUGUCCGAACGAGCAGUAGGUGUAAACUCGGGUGGUAUGGACCAAUCUGCCUCGGUCUUCUCAGUCAGGGGCUCCGCAUUAUCCGUCUCAUUCCUCCCAAGCCUGAAGGCCACGCCCGUCCAAUUCCCCAAAACGGACCCAGAGCUCAGCUUCGUGAUCGCCCAGAGCUUCGUCGCCGCCGACAAGCACGUAACCGGCCCCGUCUGCUACAACCUCCGAGUCGUCGAAUGCAGCCUCGCAGCGGCCUACCUGCACGCCGUCCUGAACAAGACCUCAACCCCCCUCCCCCCUGAUUCCGGACCCCUCGGCAUCAGCCUGCGCGGCUUCCAAGACGCCUAUUUCCGCAACUCCAGCAAGCCCUUCGCCGAGCAACUCACCGAGCUCAUCGACCUCACCAACGCCACGCUGCCGCAAGACGGCUACACGCGCGAGGAGAUCGCCCCUGUCAUCCACCUCUCCGUGCCCGAGCUCAACGCCCGCUUCACAUCGACGUUCCCCGUGCGAGCGGAGAAAUUCAAACUGCGCCAGCGCGCCCUGCACGUCUUCUCCGAAGCGCUACGCGUGCACCGCUUCCUGGAGCUGCUGGCCUCCCCCGCCACGCCAGACCUGAGUGCCCAGCUGGGCGCCCUGAUGAACGCUACGCAGGACAGCUGCAGGGACGUGUACGAGUGCUCGUGUCCGGAGCUGGACGAGCUGUGCACGAUUGCGCGGCGCGCGGGUAGUCUGGGGAGUCGGCUGACGGGUGCGGGCUGGGGUGGAUGCAGUGUGCACCUGGUGCCGGCGGGGAAGGUGGACAGCGUGAGGAAGGCGUGGGAGAGGGAGUAUUAUAGUAAGAGGGCUUUGACGGAGGAGCAGAGGGAGGCGGCUGUGGUGGUUAGUAAACCUGGUGGGGGAAGCGCGGUGUUGCUUGUUGAGGGGUAGAAUCGUGUACGCACAUGGACACACACAUAUAUACCUUAUAUACCGAUGUACCAAGCAACCUUAGG